GUAUUCUCCACUAAAUGCAACUGCACUUAACGCGUCUCGCUUGGCUGCUUCAUUAACCCGCAUCUACGUAUUAAAACGCCUGAUUCGACUAUGCCUUGUUUUCUCUAGUUACCUAGGUACCUGUUGACAGUAAUUGCUCUCUCGUCUCGUAUCAACAGCUUCUUUUUUCUUUAUUUUUUUUUCCCGGUACGCUUCGAUUUCCCUUUUAUAAUGGCAACCUCCGUGAACUCCGCGUCAGCUCAGGAGGCAGCGGGCCCCCUCGCCCUUAGGAAGGGCCAGGAGUUGUAUGCGCAAGAAGACUAUGGAGCUGCGGCGAAAUUAUUCAAGAAGGCUAUGAAUUGUUGUAGCUGUCAAAUCCCUAACGGGAUGAUAUUGGACUUGAACGAAGAGAUAUUGACGGGAAUAGAAAACAACCAGCUGAAAGACACCCUUUCAGCUCUAACAUCUCGUACCAAGCGCUGUGAUAAACAAGUCCAUGUUCGCGCUGUUGACGCGCUUAUCGCCACAUAUGAGAUGUGGCUUAAAUUAGACAAAUGUCUUGACCUUGCCGUGGGUAUGGUCAACCUCGCUCCAAGGGAACCCAAGGCCUACCUGCGUCUCGGUAAGAUCCUUCGCCUUCAAGGCAAGCAGACCCUCGCGUACCACAUGUACAGACAAGGCAUCGAACUUGUGGAGAGAAAGUAUCCUCAUCAUCCUCUGCUACCUAAGCUGCGAAUUCAGAGAGAUAAGGUGGCUACUUUAGCCGCAUAUGAUCCCGUCAAGAAAUUUCCCGUCGAACUUAUUCGUAUGACGUUCGAGUUUCUUGACUUCAAGUCCUUGUGCCGCUGCUUGAGAGUUUCCAAGCCUUGGAACAACGUUUUGACCAAAUCAGACGCUCUUAGAAGCCUGUGGUGUAUCCAGUCGUACAAGCUCACCCAACGAAGCCAUCCGGGUAUUAGAAGGAUGCUACCUAGUUUCAAGCUGUAUAAUAAAUACAGCAAAAAUGCUCUUAGAGAACUGUCCAUCGAUGGCCUGUCCCACUUCUUGCAGUGGUGUAAGUUCUCACAGGUCCUAGAAAUCUCUCAGCAGCUUAAAGUGCUUAAAAUUCGAGAUCCGCGCGGCUCCGCUGAACUGGACUCGCUACCGCCACAAUUCCGACUGCCACAGCUCACUCACCUCUUCAUGGGUUACGGAGUACGACCGCAACUUGGACUUCUAGAGAGACUGGUAAAUGCAUCUCAGAGCUCGCUAGAAGAGCUUUCGAUCUUCGAGCUCCCGGAUUACGCCGUGGUCGACCCUGAUACGAUGUGGCAUCCUGGUUGGGCAAAGCUUGAAAAGUUGAGAGUUAUCCGACUUGGACAUCCCGUCCACAAAUCGGGCUUAGUUGAGGUUCCAGACUUGCGCGACAUCAUAGAAUUAACUCCUAAUGUGGAAGAGGCCUGGAUUGACAACGUCAGAUACUCGGCUAAGCUGCUGAUGACCAAGUGGCCAAAACUGCGAAACCUAUUUGUUGGAGAUUUUGCUCGUUUAUACAGGAUCGCCGGCGAAGACGACCAGGAUAGUGGUUUUAAUGAAGAUAUGCGUGAACUACAUUUCGAAGGCCCGUCUCUUUACUCACGCUUUGGUAUGUAUUCUUCUUCCGUGGUCGUAAGCAGCCCUCACCCUCCUUGGCUAUUAACAGUUCACGUUGGACCUUCAGCCCUCCCUCAGCUUCGCCGACUCGAGAGAUUAUCAAUACUAUUGACCUACCGCCUCGAGACCUCUGAGUUUGAAAGCAUUGCUCGACCUAGCCUAGAAUCGGGUACCCUUCGAGAGCUUGACAUACGACCGUUGCCCGUACAUGCAUUAUUCGGAAACGCUUUCGAAAUUGAGCCCCCUAACUGGUUUAGAAGCGAAAGCAUCAUAUACCUCAGCAUUACUGGACUAACUGCAGCGAACCUUUGCCAACAUAGGGACUGCGAUAAGGCCUUACUCACACUCAUCAGUCGUUUUCCUAACCUGCGUAGUAUCGAUGUCUCCAAUGAACAGCUUCCGGACACCUUGCUCGCAAAGUUCAUCAAACGCGGGGUUAAGACGAUAUACCACAGAGCGAAACAAUCAAAGGCGGAUCUUCAGGAGUGGGCUGCUUCUCAUCAUAAUGCUCAGGUUAUUAGCAGGGCGCCGGCUCACUUGCCAUCGAUGCAUCCCGAUCGGCAACGCUUCUUCAAUACUCACCUACAAUUCUGGAACAACGAACUGUCAUAGAACAGCCAACCUUGUCCAUAUCAAGAUGGGUCAGUUUAACCAGGGAGAGUACCGAACAAUACGUAAUCUGGUUUCUAGUAGGGUUAAGAACAAAUACCUGCGCAUGACAGUCAAUUUCGACGGUAUCGAAUGAGGAUACGUCGUGGAAUAUAUAUCACGUUGGCAUAGGCUAGGGUAGCCUCUGCAUUAUUCAAUUGCUUAAUAGCACGCUCUAGAUAGCCGCCUUUUGCAAAAUGCCAAUUCAUGUACAACCAGUUGCGGUAUAUGUACCUAAAGGUAUAUACCUAGGUAGGUAGGUAGCUGUCUAAUACUCUUGUGGAUUAAUGUCGGUAAUAGGACACGAACAUGUCAGUCUACUGUAACUACUCAGCAGGGGUUGGCUCGGGGACGACGACCAAAGUUCCUUACCGAUUGUUAUUUUUUUUUCG